AUGCGACUCCGGAUACGUAGCAUUAUACCCCGCCGGAGCGUGCGAUUCCGCUCCUAUGUAGCCGUACCAUCGCCGGAAAUUUCGGCUAGUUUUUCACGCUCCAAGCUUUGUGCUACCGUUUCUCUAGCAGACCACCCGAAUCCGAAUGUGUCCUGCUUCCAGCAAAAGGGGUUCUCCCAAAUCAAGAGAGAAGUGACUGGCAAAGCGUUGCAUGCGCUUUGCAUCAAGGGUUUAAUCAAUCUGGGUGGGUUUUACAACAACACUUUGAUUAAUAUGUACUCCAGGUUUGGUCACAUUGGCCACGCUCGCUAUGUGUUCGAUUCAAUGCCUGAGAGAAAUGAGUCGUCAUGGAAUAACCUGAUGUCUGGAUAUGUUCGGGUGGGGAUUACUUCGCUUGUGCAUUUCUAUGGAACGUAUGGCCUGGCCAGUAACGCCAUGCGGCUGUUUGAAGAGAUGCCUGAUAAGAAUGUGGUCUCUUGGACAGCAUUGAUGGUUGCAUUUACAGAUCACGGGGAUCCCGUGGCAGUGAUGAAACUUUACCUGCGAAUGAGGAAUGAAGGAGUGGGUUGCAACAGCAACACAUUGGCCUCUGUGAUUAGCUCUUGUGGAUCACUUGAGGAUGAAAUGCUGGGUCUUCAGGUUCUUGGACAUAUCAUGAAGGCUGGACUGGAAACUGAUGCUUCUGUAGCAAACUCUCUCAUAUCGAUGUUUGGAAAUUAUGGGAGAGUACAAGAGGCUAGUUAUAUCUUUGGCUGCAUGAAUGAGCGUGACACAAUCUCAUGGAACUCGAUUAUCACAGUGAAUGUACAUAAUAGUUGCCAUGAAGCGUCACUGACAUAUUUUAAUUGGAUGCGUCAUGAGCAUGGAAAGUUAAAUUAUACUACUCUUUCAGCUUUGUUAUCUGGAUGUGGCUCAGCUGACUAUUUAGAGUAUGGACGAGGAAUUCAUUGUUUGGCUACUAAAAUGGGGCUGGAUUUACAUGUUUUUGUGGGGAACAGCCUUAUAGGUAUGUAUUCUGCCGCCAGCAUUCCUGAAGAUGCAGGAAAAGUAUUUUCCAGUAUGGGACACAGGGAUUUGAUUUCAUGGAAUUCUAUAAUGGUCUGCUAUGCUGAGAACAGGAAGUGCACUGACGCCUUGAAGAUAUUUAACCAUAUUUGUUACGGAAUAAAGGUAAUUGACCAUGUUACGUUUACAAUUGCGAUUGGUGCUUGUGCUGAUCCAGAGUUUGUUAGUUUAGGCAAGGUGCUUCAUGGCAUUACAAUCCUUACAGGCUUAGAUGAAAACGUGAUAGUUGGCAAUUCACUGGUCACCUUGUAUUGCAAGUCUGGUUUGAUGACUGAGGCAAGAAAGGUAUUUCAAACAUUGCCUAGGAGGGAUGAAGUGACUUGGAAUGCACUCAUUGGAGGUCAUGCGGACAAUGAAGAAGCGGAAAAAGCUAUUGAAGCUUUUAAACUGAUGAGAGAACAGAGUAUGGGCAUAUCCUACAUAACUAUCGCCAAUGUUCUAGGUGCUUGCACGACUGCUAUUGAUCUAUUGGAACACGGGAUGUCCAUUCAUUCCUAUAUAGUUCAGAAAGGGUUCGGAUCAGAUGAAUAUGUUCAAAGCUCUCUUAUUUCAAUGUAUGCCAAGUGUGGUGAUAUCGACUCGAGUUGUCGUAUCUUUGAUGCAAUACCUAACAAGAAGAAUGCUGCAUGGAAUGCUCUUAUAGCAGCAAGUGCUAAACAUGGGUAUGCUGAAGAAGCUUUGAAACUUCUUAUCAACAUGAAACGCGAUGGAAUAAGAUUGGAUCAGUUUGGCAUAUCUGAAUGUCUUGCUGCUACUGCACAGCUGGCGGUAUUGGAAGAAGGCCAGCAGCUUCAUGGUUUGGCAGUCAAACUGGGUCUGGACUCUGACCCUUUUGUUGCAAAUGCAACUAUGGACAUGUAUGGAAAAUGUGGAGAAAUAGAGGAUGCACUAAGAACUAUUGGUCAACCUAUCGAUAGGUCAAGGUUAUCUUGGAAUAUAUUGAUAUCAUCGUUUGCGAAGCAUGGGCACUUUGAGAAGGCCAUCAAAACCUUUCAUGAAAUGCAAGAGCUCGGAGUAAAACCAGAUCAAGUCACUUUUGUUUCACUUCUUUCUGCAUGCAGCCAUGGGGGGCUUGUGGAAGAAGGUCUAAGGUACUACUAUUCGAUGACAAAGGAGUUCAAUAUUCCCCCAAGAAUUGCUCAUUGUGUCUGCAUGAUUGACCUCCUUGGAAGAUCUGGGAGGCUUACUGAAGCUGAAACUUUCAUCAAGGAAAUGCCAAUUCCACCAUCGGACUUCGUUUGGAGGAGUCUGUUGGCAGCAUGCAAGGUCCAUGGGAACCCGGAACUCGGGAGAAAAGCUGCUGAAAAUCUCAUAGCCUUAGACCCAUCGGACGAUUCAGCAUACGUUCUUUAUUCGAACGUUUGUUCAACAAGUGGCAGAUGGGGUGAUGCAGAGAAUGUAAGGAGUCAGAUGGGAUCACGAAAAGUGCAGAAGCAGCCGGCCUGCAGUUGGGUUAAGUUGAAGAACCAGGUGAGUUCAUUUGGAGUUGGUGAUAACUCCCACCCUCAGUCGCCUGAGAUAUACAAGAAGCUGGAUGAGCUGAAGAAGAGGAUAAUAGAAGCUGGGUAUGUCCCUGAUACAAGCUAUGCAUUGCAAGAUACGGAUGAAGAACAAAAAGAGCAUAAUUUGUGGAACCAUAGUGAAAGAUUGGCGCUUGCAUUUGCCUUGAUCAAUACUCCCGAGGGUUCGACUCUCAAAGUUUUCAAGAACCUUCGUGUUUGUGGGGAUUGCCAUUCUGUUUUCAAAUUUGUGAGUGGGAUUCUUGGGCGGAAAAUUAUACUGCGGGAUGCUUUUCGCUUUCAUCACUUUGCUGGUGGGAACUGUUCUUGCUCUGACUACUGGUGA